CAUGCCGCCUCCACGCCACCGUCACCCCCACCUCUGUGCCACCCUCGGGUCCCUCCACAGGUGUCCACCCGACACCGGCACCCCCACCGUCAUCCCCCGCCUCACUGCCAUCCAUCCGUCACCCCGCACCGGUACCACCCCACACCCCCACACCGGUACCGCCCCCCGCCCCAGUCUGUUCCCAGGCCCCCAGGACACCCUGGCCUCGCUACCCCCCGGGAAGGACACUCAGGAGCCGGGGGGGGCCCCGCUGUGCCCCUGCAGCCCGGCCCCCCCCGGCCCCAUUCCGGAGAGGCUCCAGGCGCGGCGGCAGCUGAGCAUCGCUUGCAGCGUCUGCUGCCUCUUCAUGGUCGGGGAGGUGAUAGGCGGGUACCUGGCGCACAGCCUGGCCAUCAUGACGGACGCGGCCCACCUGCUGACGGACGUGGGCAGCAUGGCCGUCAGCCUCUUCUCGCUCUGGGUGUCCGCCCGCCCACCCACCGCCACCAUGACCUUCGGCUGGCAUCGCUCGGGUGAGGGGGGCUCGGCCGCGGGGCUGCCUGCGGUGGGGGGGGCCCGCUGACACCCCUGCCCCGCAGAGACGCUGGGCGCGCUGGCCUCCGUGCUGUCCAUCUGGGUGGUGACCGUGGCGCUGCUCUACCUGGCGGCCGCCCGCAUCCUCAGCGCCGAUUACGAGAUCGAGGCGCGCACCAUGCUGGCCACUUCCGCCUGCGCCGUGGGUGCCAACCUGGUCAUGGCCUACGUCCUGCACCAGGGUCACGGGCACGGCACGGGGGGCUAUGAGGAGCUGGGGGGUGGCUGCCUGCCCGGCCGUGCCCCCCUGCCUGGCAGCACCAGCGUCCGCGCCGCUUUCGUGCACGUGGUGGGGGACCUGCUGCAGAGCGUCGGCGUCCUGCUGGCUGCCACCAUCAUCUAUUUCAAGCCCCAGUGCAAGAUCGCAGACCCCAUCAGCACCCUCUUCUUCUCUGUCUUUGUGCUCGGCUCCACCAUCACCAUCCUCAGGGAUGUCUUCAGGGUUCUCAUGGAAGGAGCCCCGCGGGGCAUGGCAGUGGCGGCGGUGACAGAGGAGCUGCUGGCAGUCAGCGGGGUGAGGGCCAUCCAUGACCUACACGUCUGGGCGCUGACACCGAGCCACCCCCUGGUGUCGGUGCACGUGGCCGUGGAUGCCACCGCUGACCCCGAGACAGUGCUGCAGGAUGCCACGGGGCGGCUGCAGCAGAAGUUCGGCUUCACCGCGUGCACGGUGCAGGUGGAGCGGUACCGGGAGGCGGCAGGGGGCUGCCCACACGGCCACAGCCCUUUGGCAUGAGCCCCCACCCGCUGUGGGUUUGCAGCAGUGCCUGGGGGCCACGGCUGCGCCCUCCCGCCCUGCUGCCCCCACUGUGGGGCAGGGAGCAGGGCAGCGGGGGGCUGGAGCUCGGCCCCUUCCCCUCUUUGUGUGUCAGUGUCUGUGUCUGUC